AUGAAUAAUAAUAUCAAGAGGAAAAUCCCGGGUGUUGGUAGAAUAGGAUUAACAGAUUAUAUUAAGCCUCCUGAAGCAAUGCAUGAUAUGAUGGAUGAUGAGUUAAUAUGGAGAGCUUCAAUGGUUCCUAAGGCUAAGAUAUUCCCAUUUAAUCGUACCCCAAAGGUCGCGUUUAUGUUUCUAGCAAGAGGUAGUUUACCAUUAGCACCACUUUGGGAACGAUUCUUUAAAGGACAUGAAGGACGUUACUCCAUUUAUAUUCAUUCUCAACCAUCUUUCAAAGGGGAUGCACCUGAAGAGGGACCAAUUUUUCAUGCUCGAAGAGUCCCAAGUAAGAGAGUAGAUUGGGGAGAAUUCAGCAUGGUUGAUGCAGAACGGAGGUUACUAGCCAACGCGUUACUCGACAUGUCAAAUGAACGUUUUGUGCUUCUUUCAGAGGCUUGCAUUCCCUUAUAUAAUUUCACAACUAUCUACACCUACAUCAUGAACUCCACAAAAACCUUUGUGGAAUCCUAUGAUGAAUGGGGUCCCGUUGGACGGGGCCGCUAUAAUAGUCAAAUGACACCAUGGGUGACAAUCGAGCAAUGGAGAAAAGGGUCUCAAUGGUUUGAGCUUGAUAGAGAGAUCGCGCUUGAUAUGAUCACCGAUACAAAAUUCUUCAAUUUAUUCAAAGACUUUUGUAGGCCAGCAUGUUACUCUGAUGAACAUUAUUUACCAACUUUUGUCACCAUGAGAUAUUGGUGGAAAAAUGGUAAUAGAACGUUGACUUGGGUUGACUGGACAAAAGGUGGACCCCACCCUACAAAAUUUGCUAGAACUGAGGUAACAAGGGAGUUGUUACACCAAAUGAGAACUGGAAUUCAAUGUAUGUAUAAUGGAGAGCCUACAAGUAUGUGUUACCUUUUUGCAAGAAAGUUCUUACCUAGUGCAUUGGAUAGACUUUUAAAGUUUGCUCCUAAGGUCAUGAUGUUUGGUUGA